AUGGAUUCCGAAGCCAUGCCUCGCAAGCUCUGGGAGCAUCCCAACCCCAAGGACACUGAAAUGUGGCGGUUGAUGCAGAGCUGCAACGACCGCUUCGGCCUGAACAUGCAGACCUUUGACGACCUCUACGCCUGGUCCUGCUCCCGCCGCGCCGACUUCUGGGGCGCCGUCUGGGACGCCCAGCGCGCCAUCCACGAGGGCGCCUACACCCGCGUCGUCGACGAGGCCGCCCCCGUCGACGCCCUGCCGCGCUGGUUCGACGGCGUGCGCCUCAACUUUGCCGAGAACUUCCUGUACCGGCGCGGGCCCGAAGACGCCGGCCCUAGCACCCGCGGCACCGCCGGCAAGGAGGACGCCAAGGUCGCGCUGACCGAGGUCCGCGAGGGCGGCGUCGAGGAGCGGGACUACACCUGGGCGGAGCUGCGGCGCGACGCGGGGAGGCUGGCGGCCGCGAUGGAGGCGCGCGGCGUGCGCAGCGGGGAUCGCGUCGUGGCGGUCGGGGCCAACUCGUACACGACGCUGCUGGUCUUCCUGGCGGUGACGUGGCUCGGCGGCCUGUUCAGCAGCAGUUCGACGGACAUGGGCAUCAACGGCCUGCUGCAGCGGACGACGCAGAUCAACCCCAAGUUUGUCUUCUUUGACGACGGCGCCCUCUACAACGGCAAGGUCCUCGACCUCCGCGACAAGAUGGCCGGCAUGCUCAAGGGUCUCGUUGCCGAGUGCCCCGAGUUCGAGUCCAUGAUCGCCAUCCCUCGUUUCCCCGGCAAGCCGUACGACACCUCCCGUCUCGGGGCGCGCGUCGAGCGGUGGGAGACCUUCCUCUCCGCCACAUCCUCCUCCGCUUCGCCGCCCGAGUUCGUCCGCGUCGGCUUCCAGGACCCAAUGGUCGUCUACUACUCGUCCGGCACGACCGGCGCGCCCAAGGCCAUCGUGCACGGCGUCGGCCCGAUGCUGCUAUCCGGUCACAAGGAGGCGGUGCUGCACCGCCGCCUGGACCCGAGCGACGUGGUGCUGCAGUACACCACCACCGGCUGGAUCAUGUACAUGUCCAGCGUCGGCGCGCUCAUCUACGGCGCACGCUCCGUGCUGUACGACGGCAGCCCGCUGCGGCCGGACGUCGGCGUGCUGGUCCGGCUGGUCGGCCGGUACGGCGUCACGGUGCUCGGCGUCAGCCCAAGGUGGAUGGCAGAGCUGGCCAAGGCCGGCGUGGUGCCGCGCGAGGUGGCCGACGUCUCCAAGCUCAAGGUGGUGACCAGCACCGGCAUGGUGCUCCCGGACCAGCUGUUCGACUGGUUCUACGACGUUGCCUUUCACAAGCACACGCAGCUGGCCAACAUCAGCGGAGGCACCGACAUUGCCGGCUGCUUUGUUCAGGAGAACCCCCUGAACCCGCUCUACCGCGGCGGCUGCAUGGGCGGCUCCCUCGGCGUGCCCAUCGCCGUCUACGACCACGACAUGGACGACGGCACCGGCGGCCGGCCCGUCCCCGCCGGCACCUCCGGUGACCUCGUCGCCACCGCCGCCUUCCCCAACGUGCCCCUGUACCUCUGGAACGACGGCGCCCCCUCCACCUCCCCGGGCCCCAAGUACCGCGCCGCCUACUACGAGCGCUUCAACCACGUCUGGGCGCAGGGCGACUUUUGCCAGGUGCACCCGCGCACCGGCGCCGUGCUCAUGCAGGGCCGCUCCGACGGCGUGCUCAACCCGAGCGGCGUGCGCUUCGGCAGCGCCGACAUCUACGCGGUCCUCGAGAGGCGCUUCCCCGCCGUCGUCGCGGACAGCAUCUGCGUCGGGCAGCGCCGCCCGGCCGACAUUGACGAGCAGGUCGUCCUGUUCGUGCUGAUGCGCACGCCGGGGUCGCUGACCAGGGCCGUGGCGGCGGACAUGCGCGAGGCGAUCGCGGCCGCCCUGACAAAGAGGCACGUGCCCAGGUAUAUUUUCGAGGUGCCCGAGAUUCCGACCACGGUCAAUGGCAAAAAGGUAGAGCUGCCAGUGAAGAAAAUCAUCUGCGGCAAGACGGUCAAGCCGAGCGGUACCCUGCUGAACCCAGACAGCCUCAAGUUCUUCUACCAGUUCCAGAAGAUUGAAGAGUUGACGGAGCCGCAGGCCAAGCUGUAA